AUGGGCACGUUUCAACUCAAACAUCCUUCAACUCGUGUCAAAUGUCACCACAAUAAUAGCACUAAGGCGACAGACAAAAGCGACUGGUACUUUGACGAUGGUAUAACAUAUAUCGUUGCUUCAGUCGAUCCAGUCAGUAACAGCGUGUAUCAGACUGGUACGGGAUACAGCUCCAACAAUGCUGGCGAUGGACCUGAAAAAACCCGUGAUCGGAAAAGCUGGUUUCCACGUUUCAAGUCCAAUUGGUUAGGCACAUUUCGUUCCAAGCAAAUGUUUCAAUGCUGCGAGUGCGCAGUUGUGUCUGCUUCCAACAAUACCUUCUUUUCAAAACAAGCUGGACGUUAUAAAGGAGCCGAGGGCAAGCAUUGUCGAUGUGGAAAAGAUCAAUGGCAUCUUGCUAAAUCCGUUGAAGAGAUUGAAUACAAUCGUCGCAUGGAGAUCAGUAAAGCUUUUGGUGGUAUGCGCUACGAUGAAGCCGUCGUGCGGCUACGCAGUAUGGGUCAAUCGGAGCUGGACUUUAAACCGUCCAAGCUUACGGUCAAUAUUGGAUCGCCUAUCCAGUCGCGUAGUACCCGAGGCUUUGCCCCGUCGUCAUUAGUGUUGUCUUCGUCAUCAAGCUUUAAUCCGCCCAAGCGUGCACGAAGCAAGUCAAACGGUCCACUCCCUACGUCCGCCUCUCGAACAUACGCCGCACCGCAGCUCAUGAAAGCUGAUUCAUCAACGCUACCUACAAUGCCCUAUCAUGUUUAUGGUUACGAGAACCCGGCCAAGCAGUAUGGGGUCUACAAUCCAGUGUACGGUAACGAAAACAUCGAGUAUGCGCAGGCAGUGCCGCAGCAGCAGCACACAGCUGAGUACAACCAACUUACACCGGCGCCCUUCGGAGACGAAGAUAAUUUUGGUGAGCUACUACAGGGUAUUCUAGAGGACGACACUCGUGUUGCAACAAGUGCCAGCAUGGGUCUCGGUCAACAUCAAGCCAACUCGUACUCGGCGAGUCGCUACGGCUACUGCACUGGAGCCCCGAGCAACAUCAGUGUAGCCCCGAGCAACAUCAGUGUAGCCUCGAGCAAAUCAGUGUAG